AUGCCUUCAACGUGAGGCUUUGUUGAAGAAUGCCUCGGUUUUGAACAGAAGAAACACAUUAAAGAGAUCUACGAGCGCUUGAAGGCGAAAGCGUCUUGGAAGGCAGUUGAAGUGAUCUUUGUUUUUGCGACGCAUGCUUUUGUGCGUGUGAGUUUGAGGGAAAUCCUUUCAUCGUGCGCUCUCUCGCGUGUUACUGCCACCCCAUAGCGUGCCUUUGUCUGUUGUCGAGAUGUACAAUACGAGUCUUGAGAUGGAAAUGCUCAAUGUGAGCAACGUCACUCACUGCCCAAAGAAUGACAACUUUAAAUAUCCCCUCUACAGCAUGGUGUUUAGCAUCGUCUUCAUGGUGGGACUCAUUACAAAUGUUGCUGCCAUGUACAUCUUCAUGUGUUCGCUAAAACUGCGGAAUGAAACCACUACAUAGAUGAACCUAGUGGUGUCGGACUUGUUAUUCGUCCUCACUCUACCCUUGAGGGUUUUUUACUUCGUCCAGCAGAACUGGCCGUUCGGGAGUCUCCUCUGCAAGCUUUCCGUUUCGCUCUUUUACACCAACAUGUACGGGAGCAUCCUAUUCCUGACCUGCAUAAGCGUGGACCGCUUUCUGGCAAUCGUUCACCCCUUCCGAUCUAGAGGACUCCGAACCAAACGCAAUGCCAAAAUUGUAUGCGCUGCAGUAUGGGUUCUGGUUCUUUCAGGAAGCCUUCCUACGGGAUUCAUGCUUAACAGUACUAACAAGCUAGAGAACAACAGCAUCUCCUGCUUCGAGAACUUCUCCUCGAAGGAAUGGAAGAGCCAUCUUUAAGUGGUGAUCUUUAUCGAGACUGUGGGGUUUCUGAUCCCACUCAUACUCAAUGUGGUUUGCUCUGCUAUGGUGCUUCAGACUUUAAGGAGACCGCACACUGUGAGUCGAGGAGGGAAGCUCAACAAGAAGAAGAUCUUGCGGAUGAUCAUCGUCCACCUCUUCAUCUUCUGCUUCUGCUUCAUCCCGUACAACGUCAACCUUGUCUUCUACUCCCUCGUGCGAACGAAUACCUUGAAAGGAUGCGCGGCGGAAUCGGUGGUCCGGACCAUCUAUCCUAUCGCUCUGUGCAUCGCCGUGUCCAACUGCUGCUUCGAUCCCAUCGUCUACUAUUUCACCUCGGAGACUAUACAAAACUCCAUUAAGAGGAAGAGCCAGGCCAACCAUUCCAUAGAUGUUAAAUUUUCGGAGGCCUUGCAGUCAGAGACGUCCUCAACCCUUCAGUUCAGCCUGAGGUCCAUCAAGAACAAGAUGUUUCACAAUGAGUCUCACGUAUGAGGGAUGACCAGUGGAUUUAAAGACACAUGAAGCACUCUUUAGCAUGUGGAUAUAUCGGGUUUGUUUAAUAUCUCUGGGGCGAUAAGUAAACGGUGGGCUCUUUACCUCCCUGUGAACGCCAUCCUUCAGCCCGGAACCCUGGGGCACACCUGUCCCCCCUGGAAAUAUGUCCAAACAUUUGAAACGCGCAGUAAGGAUAAUGCAAAUAUAGAUCAGCU